AUGGAGCCACCACGGGCUCGGACAAUUUAUGAAAACCGAAUAUACAGCCUUAAAAUAGAAUGUGGACCUAAAUACCCAGAAGCACCCCCCUUUGUAAGAUUUGUAACAAAAAUUAAUAUGAAUGGAGUUAAUAGUUCUAAUGGAGUGGUGGACCCAAGAGCCAUAUCAGUGCUAGCAAAAUGGCAGAAUUCGUAUAGCAUCAAAGUUGUCCUGCAAGAGCUUUGGCGCCUAAUGAUGUCUAAAGAAAAUAUGAAACUCCCUCAGCCACCUGAAGGACAGUGUUACAGCAAUUAAUCAAAAAGAAAAACCACAGGCCCUCCCCUGCCCCCCAUUCGAUUUAAGCAGUCUUCAUUUUCCCCAGUAGUAAAUUUUCUAGAUUCGUCUUGUAGACCUCAAAGUACUGGAAAGAAAGCUCCCAUUCAAAGGCAGU